UAGAAAGCCAGAAUGACUCCUUCAGCAAUAGUCAUCCUCCUACUCUUCCUUACCUUCCUCUGGUAUCUCAUCUAUAUCCUAACCUUUGGAUUCCGGAGGUCGAAACACCAAGGAAUACUACCUCCUGGCCCUACAACACUACCAAUCAUUGGUAACCUUCAUAUGCUAGGCAACUUUCCCUACCGCAGCCUCCAACACUUGGCCAAAAAAUAUGGCCCUAUAAUGUCUAUACGCCUAGGCUUCAUACCCACCAUAGUGGUUUCAUCCCCCAAAGCUGCAGAGCUAUUCUUGAAAACCCACGACAGCGUUUUCGCUAGCCGCCCUACGCUUGAAGUCUGUGAAUACUUAUCCUAUGGGCAAAAGGGCAUGGCCCUAACUAACUAUGGUCCAUAUUGGCGGCAAGUAAGGAAGCUUUGCACCCAGCAGCUUCUUUGUCCGUCAAAAAUUGAGUCUUUUUCUCCGUUGAGGAGGGAGGAGGUGGGGUUGUUGGUUCAGUCGCUUAAGAAGGCCGCAAAGGCAGGUGAGGUGGUGGAUCUGAGUAAUAAGGUUGGUGAGCUAGUAGAGAACAUAAUAUAUAGGAUGAUAUUGGGGAGCCAAAAUGAUGAUUUGUUUGAUGUCAAGGGAAUUGUUAAGGAGAUCGUGUCCUUGAUAGGGUCAUUUAAUAUUGGUGAUUAUGUGCCUUUCCUUAGUCCAUUUGAUCUUCAGGGAUUAACCAAACGCGCGAAGAGAACUAGGGCGACAGCCGACCAACUUUUCGAAAAGAUAAUUGGAGAACAUGAACAGGUUGCUAAGAGUGGGCAAUUCCAGUAUCAUCAUCAUAAAGACUUUGUGGACGUGCUGCUCUCACUAAUGAAUCAACCAUUAAACCCUAACGACAAGCAAGCCUACAUGAUUGACCGAACAAAUGUGAAAGCCAUCUUAGUCGACAUGAUUACGGGUGCCUUCGACACUUCAUCUAACGCAAUCGUUUGGAGCCUCGCAGAACUCUUGAGACACCCAAGGGUAAUGAAGCAUCUCCAACAAGAGCUUCGAACUGUGAUCGGGAUGGACCAGAUGGUGGAAGAGAAUGAUUUACCAAGGUUUCGUUACUUAAAUAUGGUGGUCAUGGAGAGCUUUAGACUACACCCAGCUGGAUCGUUGCUAAUCCCUCGUGAAUCCAUGCAGGACAAUACAAUCGAUGGAUAUUACAUACCUAAGAAAUCGAGAAUACUAACAAACACUUGGGCUAUUGGGAGAGAUCCCAAUGUUUGGUCGGAUAAUGUGCAACAAUUUUACCCUGAAAGGUUUAUAAAUAGCAAUGUUGACGUCCUGGGACAUGACUUCCAGCUUCUACCAUUCGGGUCUGGCCGAAGAGGGUGCCCUGGUAUACAGUUAGGGCUAACCACAGUUCGGCUGGCUUUGGCGAACUUGGUUCACCGCUUUAACUGGGACCUCCCGAGCGACCUCCUACCUGAAGACGUGGACAUGGCUGAGACGUUCGGCAUGGCGCCGUCAAAAGCCCAACACUUGCUCGCCGUACCAACUUACCGGCUAGAGACUAAUUAA